CUUGCAAGGGUCAUUUGAACGAUUAUUGCGCCGCAGAACGACAAAGAACGCUAAAGUGAAUUCGAAACGAACAACCAUUGAAAAAAUGGGUAUUUUGAGUUCCGUGUUUUUUUUUGUAUUUGUCAUAUGUAAAACUACUACACCAGUACCAGUUUCGCGAUUGGAAGGAUUAACGAAAACAGAUGACAAGGGAUAUGUAGAUUACGGCAGCUUAGUAUCAUUUGUUGGGUCUGUAUCCGAGCAGAACAAGCAAGACGUGCUGUAUUCCACGCUUUUAGCUCAGUUAGCAGCCGACAGAAAAUUCGACCGCGCGAGAGACUACGUAAACUGGUACAAGUUUUACAUUCAUAUCCUCGAGAAUAUUGGCUACAAUCUUCCUCAUUCUGGCUCGUUCAUCGAUUACGCACCAACCAAGUCGACAUUUGAGAUUUCAAAUGCGAUCAUCGAGUCAAUACAGGGCUUGUCGAAAAGCUCUGUUGAGGUUAUCAAGGAGACGAUUGAUGCCAUGAAACAUUCGAUUUUGGCUGACCGAGAAUUAUUUGCAACACACAGCGUUUCUGGAAACUCAGCCAACUUUCAAAUGGUUCUUGUGAAGAUUGAUAAAAAUGAUCAUGUAAAUGUUGUCGUUGUUGGAUUUUAUUUUGAAGCUGCAAAUGUAAGCAAAGAGUUUUUGUUCGUCCCCUACAAAAGUACUGAUGUCAAACUGAAGAUCUCGGCAAAUAUCUUUGAACUCAACGAGGAAGUAUACGCCAGAGUUCGCCCAACAAUUGCGCAGAAGCUUGGAGCUCGGGUCAAAUCAUACAUCAAAAUGCUAUAAAGCUAGAUAAGGUCAAAAACAUGGUUUCCCUGCCAGAACAUUUCUUCACUGCGUUAUUUUUUAGAACUAUACACCAUUCAAUUUUAUUGAAUAACUGUAUGUUUGAUUGAUCGGUUGCUUUUAUGAGUAAAUGAACUGGGAAGUAGCUAACAUGAAGAUGAUAAAAAAUAAAUACAGUCUGCCGUGUUUUCA